CCUAGCAUGUCCGGGCUGCAGCUGGCGAAGAGGGGCCGCGAGAACAGGAAGAUGGAUCUGCAACGGGACUUCACCGUCGCCUCGCCAGCAGAGUUCGUCACCCGCUUUGGGGGCAACCGCAUCAUCGAGAAGGUCCUCAUUGCCAACAAUGGCAUCGCCGCUGUGAAGUGCAUGCGCUCCAUCCGCCGGUGGGCCUACGAGAUGUUCCGAAAUGAGCGUGCCAUUCGGUUUGUGGUCAUGGUCACCCCUGAAGACCUCAAGGCUAAUGCAGAGUACAUCAAAAUGGCAGAUCACUAUGUGCCUGUCCCCGGGGGGGCCAACAACAACAACUACGCCAACGUGGAGCUGAUCGUGGACAUUUCCAAACGGAUCCCAGUCCAGGCGGUGUGGGCUGGCUGGGGACAUGCCUCAGAAAACCCCAAGUUGCCAGAGCUGCUGCAGAAAAAUGGGAUAGCUUUCCUAGGUCCUCCCAGUGAUGCCAUGUGGGCACUGGGGGACAAGGUUGCCUCCACCAUCGUGGCUCAGACGGUCCAGAUCCCCACGCUGCCAUGGAGCGGGAGCGGUCUGGUGGCCCAGUGGUCUGAGGAGGACCAGAAGCAUCAGCAGACAAUCAGCAUCCCUCUUGAGACGUAUGCGCAGGGCUGCGUGAAGGACGUGGAGGAAGGUCUGGAGCCAAGAGGAUCGGUCGGCUACCCGCUGAUGAUCAAGGCAGCAGAAGGCGGUGGGGGAAAAGGCAUCCGACAGGUGGAGGCAGCGGAGGAAUUUGGCACCUGCUUCCGGCAGGUGCAGGCGGAGGCGCCUGGGUCCCCCAUCUUCCUGAUGAAGCUGGCGCAGCACGCGCGGCACCUGGAGGUGCAGGUGCUGGCCGAUGAAUAUGGCAACGCCAUCUCCCUCUUCGGCCGUGACUGCUCCAUUCAGCGUCGGCACCAGAAGAUCAUUGAGGAGGCACCCACCACAAUUGCGGCGCCUGCCGUCAUCGAGGUGAUGGAGCAGUGCGCGGUCCGCCUGGCCCAGAUGGUGGGCUACGUGAGCACGGGCACCGUUGAGUACCUCUACAGCGAGGACGGGAGCUUCCACUUCCUCGAGCUGAACCCACGCCUGCAGGUGGAGCACCCUUGCACAGAGAUGAUCGCGGACGUGAACCUCCCUGCUGCCCAGCUGCAGAUUGCAAUGGGCAUCCCCUUGCACAGGAUAAAAGACAUCCGGGUGCUGUACGGGGAGAGCCCCUGGGGCGAUACGCUCAUCUGCUUCCACAGCCCCACCAACACCCCCGUGCCCAGGGGCCAUGUCAUCGCUGCCCGGAUCACCAGCGAGAACCCUGAGGAGGGUUUUAAGCCCAGCUCGGGGACGGUGCAGGAGCUGAACUUCCGCAGCAGCAAGAAUGUCUGGGGGUACUUCAGCGUGGCGGCAGCCGGGGGGCUGCAUGAGUUUGCUGAUUCCCAGUUUGGACACUGCUUCUCAUGGGGAGAGAACCGGGAGGAGGCCAUCUCGAACAUGGUGGUUGCCCUGAAAGAGCUGUCCAUCCGCGGGGAUUUCCGGACCACGGUGGAGUAUCUGAUUAAGCUGCUGGAGACGGAGAGCUUCCAGAACAAUGAGAUAGACACCAGCUGGCUGGACCACCUGAUCGCCGAGAAAGUGCAGGCAGAGAAGCCGGACACGAUGCUGGGUGUUGUCUGCGGUGCCCUGAACGUCGCGGAUGCCGCCUUCAGGACGUGCAUGACCGACUUCUUGCACUCGCUGGAGAGGGGGCAGGUGCUGCCAGCAGCCUCCUUGCUGAACAUUGUCGACGUGGAGCUCAUCUAUGAGGGUGUGAAGUACGUUCUCCAGGUUGCCCGCCAGUCCCUGACGACGUACGUCAUCAUCAUGAACCGCACUCACAUAGAGAUAGACGUGCACCGGCUGAACGACGGCGGGCUGCUGCUCUCCUAUGACGGCAACAGCUACACCACCUACAUGAAGGAGGAGAUCGACAGAUACCGGAUCACCAUUGGCAACAAAACCUGCGACUUCGAGAAGGAGAAGGACCCGACGGUGCUACGCUCGCCCUCCGCGGGGAAGCUGCUCCAGUACACGGUGGAUGAUGGUGGCCACGUAGCGGAGGGGAACGUUUUUGCAGAGAUUGAGGUGAUGAAGAUCAUCAUGACGCUGGCAGUGGAGGAGGCCGGGCGGGUGCACUACGUCAAGCGGCCGGGCGCGCUGCUGGAGGCAGGCUGCGUCAUAGCCCGGCUCGAGCUGGAUGAUCCCACCAAAGUGAAGGCCGCGCAGCCAUUCACAGGGGGGCUCCCAGCCCAGCAGACCCUCCCCAUCACUGGUGAGAAGCAGCACCAGGUUCUCCGCAACGUCCUGGACAAUCUCACCAAUGUCAUGAACGGGUACUGCCUGCCUGAGCCAUACUUCAGCACCAAGGUGAAGGAGUGGGUGGCGCAGCUGAUGAAGACCCUGCGGGACCCCUCCCUGCCCCUCCUGGAGCUGCAGGAGAUCAUGACGAGCAUUUCGGGAAGAAUCCCUCUGUCCGUGGAGAAGUCGAUCCGGAAGGUGAUGGCGCAGUACGCCAGCAACAUCACCUCCGUGCUCUGCCGCUUCCCCAGCCAGCAGAUCGCCAACGUGCUGGACACCCAUGCGGCCACACUGCAGAGGAAGGCUGAGCGGGAGGUCUUCUUCAUGAACACGCAGACCGUGGUGCAGCUGGUGCAGAGGUACCGCAGCGGCAUCCGGGGCUACAUGAAGGCAGUGGUGCUGGACCUGCUGAGACGCUACCUGCAAGUGGAGACCCAGUUCCAGCAUGCUCACUACGACAAGUGCGUCAUCAGCCUGCGGGAGCAGUGCAAACCCGACAUGACCCCCGUGCUGGAGAGCAUCUUCUCUCAUGCUCAGGUGGCAAAGAAGAACCUGCUGGUGACCAUGUUAAUCGACCAGCUGUGCGGCCGUGACCCCACGCUGACGGAUGAGCUGAUGGCCAUCCUCCACGAGCUGACGCAGCUCAGCAAGACCGAACACUCCAAAGUGGCGCUGAGAGCACGGCAGGUGCUCAUCGCCUCUCACCUGCCCUCCUACGAGCUGCGACACAACCAGGUGGAGUCCAUCUUCCUCUCUGCUAUCGACAUGUACGGGCACGAGUACUGCCCUGAAAACCUGAAGAAACUGAUCCUCUCGGAAACCACCAUCUUUGACGUGCUUCCCACCUUCUUCUACCACACCAACCAGGUGGUGCGCAUGGCGGCACUGGAGGUGUACGUGCGGCGCGGGUACAUCGCCUACGAGCUGAACAGCCUGCAGCACCGGCAGCUCUUGGACGGCACCUGCCUGGUGGAGUUCCAGUUCAUGCUGCCAUCCUCCCACCCAAAUAGGAUGUCUGUCCCCGUCAGCAUCUCCAACCCCGACCUGGCCCGGCACAGCACUGAGCUCUUCAUGGACAGUGGCUUUUCUCCCCUGAGCCAGCGGAUGGGAGCUAUGGUGGCCUUCGACAGAUUCGAGGACUUCACGAGGAACUUUGAUGAAGUGAUCUCAUGCUUCGCCGACCCGCCUUCGGAGAGCAUGCUCUUCAGCGAGGCACGAGCCACCAUCUACGAGGAGGACGAUGCCAAGAAUGUCCGUGAGGAGCCGAUCCACAUCCUCAACAUUGCACUCCGCUGGGCUGACCACAUGGAAGAUGAGAUGCUGGUGCCCAUCUUCAGAGCCUUUGCCCAGUCCAAGAAAAAUGUCCUUGUUGACUGUGGUCUGCGGAGAAUCACGUUUCUCAUUGUCCAGCAGGUGAUUAAGACCCGCAUUGAAGGCGAAGCCCGUCCGGCGCUGGCUGGCCUGCCGCUCGCUCACCCCUCCGUGCCGCACCAGUUUGCAGAGGAUCGCAUCUACCGGCACCUGGAGCCGGCGCUGGCUUUCCAGCUGGAGCUGAGCCGCAUGCGCAACUUCGACCUGACGGCCAUUCCCUGUGCCAACCACAAGAUGCACCUCUACCUGGGGGCUGCCAAGGUGCAGGCGGGCGCUGAGACCACCGACUACCGCUUCUUCAUCCGCGCCAUCGUGCGCCACUCGGACCUCAUCACCAAGGAGGCUUCCUUCGAGUACCUGCAGAAUGAGGGUGAGCGGCUGCUGCUGGAGGCGAUGGAUGAGCUGGAGGUGGCCUUCAACAACACCACCGUCCGCACCGACUGCAACCACAUCUUCCUCAACUUUGUCCCCACGGUUGUCAUGGACCCUUCCAAGAUCGAGGAGUCGGUGCGGUCCAUGGUGAUGGGCCGCCUCUGGAAGCUGCGGGUCCUGCAGGCCGAGGUGAAGAUCAACAUCCGCCUGACGCCCACUGCCACCGCCAUCCCCAUCCGCCUCUUCCUGACCAACGAGUCCGGCUACUACCUGGACAUCAGCCUCUACAAGGAAGUGAGGGAUCCCGGCACCGGCAGCAUCAUGUUUCAGUCAUAUGGGGACAAGCAAGGGCCACAGCACGGGAUGCUCAUCAACACCCCCUAUGUCACCAAGGACCUGCUUCAGGCCAAGCGGUUCCAGGCGCAGUCCUUGGGUACUACCUAUGUGUAUGAUUUCCCUGAGAUGAUCAGGCAGGCUCUCUUCAAGCUGUGGGGCUCCUCGGAGCUGUACCCCAAGGACGUCCUGACGUACACCGAGCUAGUGCUGGACUCGCAGGGGCACCUCGUGCAGAUGAAUAGGGUCCCUGGAGGGAACGAGGUGGGGAUGGUUGCUUUCAAAAUGAAGCUGAAGACCCCCGAGUAUCCAAAAGGCCGGGACAUUGUGCUCAUCUGCAACGACAUCACACACAAGAUUGGCUCCUUUGGACCAGAGGAGGACCUGGUCUUCCUGCGGGCCUCGGAGCUGGCGCGGGCCGAAGGCAUCCCCCGCAUCUACAUCGCCGCCAACAGCGGCGCCCGCAUCGGCUUUGCUGACGAGAUAAAGCACAUGUUCCAGGUGGCCUGGGUGGACCCUGUGGACCCUUACAAGGGGUUCAAGUACCUGUACCUGACUCCCCAGGACUACACGAGGAUCAGCGCCAUGAACUCGGUGCACUGUGAGCAUGUGGAGGAAGGGGGCGAGUCCAGGUACGUCCUCCUAGACAUCAUCGGGAAGGACAAUGGUUUUGGGGUGGAAAACCUGAGAGCUGCCGGUACCAUCGCUGGGGAGUCCUCUCGCGCUUACGAUGAAAUAGUGACCAUCAGCAUGGUGACCUGUCGUGCCAUCGGGAUCGGUGCAUACCUGGUGAGGCUGGGCCAGCGUGUCAUCCAGGUGGAGAACUCCCACAUCAUCCUCACUGGCGUCACGGCUCUCAAUAAGGUGUUGGGGCGUGAAGUUUACACAUCAAAUAACCAGCUGGGAGGCGUGCAGAUCAUGCACAAUAAUGGUGUUUCCCAUGUCACCGUCCCAGAUGACUUCGAGGGGGUCUACACCAUCCUGCAGUGGCUCUCGUUCAUACCCAAGGAUAACCGGAGCCCGGUGCCUGUCACUGCCGUAAGUGACCCCAUCGAAAGAGAAAUUGAUUUUGUCCCUUCCAAAGUCCCCUACGACCCCAGAUGGAUGCUGGCAGGGAGACCCCAUCCAACUCUCAAGGGGACCUGGCAGAGCGGCUUCUUUGACCAGGGCAGCUUCUUGGAGAUCAUGAGGCCGUGGGCUCAGACAGUCGUCGUUGGCAGAGCAAGGCUGGGAGGUCUCCCCGUGGGUGUCAUCGCUGUCGAGACGCGCACCGUGGAAGUGACAAUACCCGCGGACCCUGCCAACCUGGACUCGGAGGCAAAGAUAAUCCAGCAAGCCGGGCAGGUCUGGUUUCCAGACUCUGCUUUUAAAACGGCCCAGGCUAUUCGGGACUUCAACCGGGAGCAUCUCCCACUGAUGAUCUUCGCCAACUGGAGAGGUUUCUCCAGUGGCAUGAAAGACAUGUACGACCAAAUGCUGAAGUUCGGUGCCUUCAUUGUCGAUAGCCUCCGGGAUUUCAAGCAGCCUGUCCUGGUCUAUAUCCCGCCACACGCGGAGCUGCGGGGAGGUUCCUGGGUGGUCAUCGACUCCACCAUCAACCCUCUGUAUGUAGAGCUCUACGCAGACAAGGAGAGCAGGGGAGGCAUUUUGGAGCCUGGAGGAACAGUGGAGAUCAAGUUCAGGAAGAAAGAUUUGGUGAAGACCAUGAGAAGGAUCGAUACGGUCUAUGCCAGGCUCGUUGAGCAGCUGGGGACCCCCGAGCUGUCCGAGGCGCAGCGCAGGGAACUGGAGAAGCAGCUCAAGGCCCGGGAGGAGCUCCUUCUGCCCAUAUACUACCAGGUGGCCGUGCACUUCGCCGACCUGCACGACACCCCGGGCCGCAUGCAGGAGAAAGGCGUCAUCACGAACCCCCGCCCCUUCCUCUACUGGCGGCUGCGACGGCUGCUGCUGGAGGAGGUGGUGAAGGCGGAGGUCCUGAAGGCGAACAGCGAACUGAGCCACAUCCACAUUCAGUCCAUGCUGCGGCGCUGGUUCAUGGAGACAGAAGGAGCCGCAAAGGGCUACCUCUGGGACAACAACCAGGUGGUGGUGGAGUGGCUGGAGAAGCACAUGCAAGAGGACGACGGCACCCAGUCAGCCAUCCGGGAGAACAUCAAGUACUUGAAGCGGGACUACGUCCUCAAGCACAUCCGGAGCUUGGUCCAAGCCAACCCCGAGGUUGCCAUGGAGUGCGUCAUCCAGAUGGCUCAGCACAUCACCGGUGCACAAAAGGCCCAGGUCGCCCGUCUCCUCUCGACAGUGGAUAAUGAUGGCCCGUCUUGA